UUCAAUAAAAUGACUUUAGGAACACUCGUAUAUUCAAACUUAUUCGAAUUUACGCUAUUUACCUGGUAAAUUUUACCAGUAUUUUCUGUCGUUGCAUGUAAUUUUUUGGCAAUAACGAAUGGAUAAUAAGAAUCUUGAGAAGGAAUUAAACCUACUGCAACAAGUUCACCAGCAAUUGGAAGAGUAUCAUACUUUAUUAGGAUUACUAAGAGCGGACUUAGAGAAGAUUAUUAAAAACUUCACCGCUUUAAAAGAAAACUAAAUAUAUACGCGUACGAGAAUUUCUAUGAAUUGAAAUAUUGUCCACAAGUCUAAAUAAAGUUACAAAAUGGCAGCACAAGAAGAUGGAAUGGAUACAUUGUUAGAGGGUUCAUCAGUUAUUCCUCCAAACACUUUGUCUUCCUUAAGAAGGAAAUCUAUGAAUGUACAAAAUUCAUUGUUAGAAAAUAACGAUGAAGAAGAACGCUUGGCUCUGCACCGUGAAAUGACUACUUCAAAUAUAACAAAUGUAACGAAGAACAUUAAACGACAAUCUUUGGGUCUUGGCUUUUUAGCACAACUAUCGGCACCUGAAAUGAAGAAUCGUAUAUAUGAAUGUAUAAAACUUAACAGUGAAAACAAGAUUAAUUUGAAAAAUGCAUUCAGCCUUGAAAUUAUUGAUUUCAUGACUUACAUGAUUAAAAAAGAAGAUGUUAACAUGUCUAAUUUGCAAGUAGCCAGUACAUCACUGGAUGUGAGUACUAAAAUUUAUGGAUAUCGUGUAGAUAGUGUUCACACAGAAAUAUUGAAAAUGGUUGGUGGAUUAGACACAGAAGUUGAAGCAACAACAGAUGAUUUGUCCAAAGACACAAACAAUGUUCAAAUAAAUAAUGUAAAUGAUUCAAGUAAAACAAAAAAAGCAAAACGAAAAAAAACUAAACAUAGUAUUUUUAGUUUUGUGGAUAAUUUGAAAGGAAAUGCUGAAAUAUUGAAACCUUCACUGUGGUUGAUGGAAAAUGAUAAUUCACAAACUGCAAAUACAUUAUAUCAAGCAAUGUUACCAAAUCAUGCCAACUCUAAGUUUUAUUUACAUGAAUACAAUGAUAUCAUUGUUGAUACUGUAGAAUCAGAAACAAAUAUGAAAAAUUUAGAAAUAGAUAUACUGCAUAUAGAAGAAUUUUUUGAGUUGAAAAUAUGUCCACCUUUGACUAGUUUUGAUUUUCAUUGCUGGACCAAUGAAGAAAAAACUGAUAAAGAAAUCAAAGAUACACAACCAGAGGAGAAUAAAGAGAAUAGAUUUCAAUUUAACUUGGAUGCCAGUUUACCAUCAGGAGAUGAAAUGGCUCAUGUUGAUGAUCAUUACUUUGAUGUUCUCGACACCGAAGAAGAUAUGGUAGACAAGUGUGUUGCAAUAGAAAAACCAGUGGAGAAAGUUGUUGAUCUCCGUCAACUUGUGAUUCACACUGGGUUAACAAAAACAUCUGAAUAUUCUUUUCUUCAGAAAAAUUCGAAUAUUCACUGGGCUGGUCCUUCCCAUUGGAAAAUAAAUAGUUUUAAAAAACUUUAUGGAGAGAGUAAAAUCAUAGAGAAAUGUCACCAAGAACAGGGUACAAAGAAGAAGGAAUUCGUGAUACAUUAUGAUGAGAAUACAAAGAAAGCUGUACUACGAAAGUUUUCACCAGGUCUAGCUUCAAGAUUGGAAGUUAAAUCCGCCAUGAUAGAAUGGCAGGAAGAAACUCUCACGCUACCGCGAGAUAUGCAUUACAAUAUUGCAAGUGCUUUUAAACUGUAUCUUCAUAAACACAUAUACUUAAGUACAAAAAACAAGGAUUCAUUAGAUGUGACUCAUAUAUCUGACAUAGAGGAUUACAACUAUGGUAAUGCUAAUGAUACGUUAGAUUAUUGUCCUAAUAUUCCUAACGAAGAUUACAGAAUAAACGAAGAAAAUGGCGAACCAGAAACUCAAAUGAUGUUUACUGGAGAUAAUCUAGUUGCUAUGCCAAAAUUAACAAAUAAAAAUACCAUCGUGUAUAGUCUUCGUGAAAAAAGGAUUGAUAUGCGACAAUUAAAGAAAUGUAUUUGGAAAGCGCUGAUUACGAAUAAUAAUAACACACAUAUAAAUACAGAAAGUACAGAAGUACAGCAGGAACCCUUGGAUAAAAUGAAAGAUAGUAAAAAUUUUAGCGAAAUUUACGGAAUGUUGACAGGCAUGUUAACAGAAACUAAUGCAGAGGCACUAAGUUUUCCCAUUCCUUUUGUAUCUCUGUUACAUUUGGCAAAUGAAAAACAAUUAGAAUUAAAAUCUUUUUCAGACCUGUCUGACAUUACUAUAUUGCCAAAUUAAAUGUAUCCCAGUUACGUAUUUAUCAAGUAUUAUAAAAGUUUAUGUAGGAAGUCGUUAAAUAUUAUACUUUUAUUGAUUAAAUUUAAAUAGGUACCUUGUUUCAUAAACUAUUAAUUUUUUUGUUACUUUUUUAGACAAAUAUGAAAACUAUAUAGUAAAGAAAAACUUUC